UCUCCUUCCCACCGCCUUGUUAAGACCCCUCGACGGCCCAUCUCCUCUCCCAGCUCGCUCGCUUCCCAGCUCCAAUUCUGAUCGAUCGCGUUCUUCAUCCUCGAAUGCUAUGAGAAGCAUGGAAGAGAUCUUCUCGGCGUUGGAUGCGACGAUGUACCGCCCGGAGUCGGCGUGGAUCAGCGAGGCCUCCGCCCGCGAGAACGCGGCCCUCACCCGGGCCCUCCAGAUCUCCCUCUCCGACACCACCACCACCACCUCCUCCUCCGCCUCCGCCGACACUCUCUCCUCCCCUCUCCUCCUCCUCAACCAACAGUUCAUUCCCCCCUCUUCCUCCUCCUCCUCCGCCGCCGCCGCCGCCGCAGACGCAAUCCUCCACCGGCGGGGCGCCCUCGGCCCCGCCCCCGCGGGGCGGGUCUCGAAGCGGAAGUCGCGCGCAUCGAAGCGGUCUACCACCACGUACAUCGACGCCGACCCCGCCAACUUCCGGGAGUUGGUGCAGCGGGUGACGGGGGCCCGGCUCGAAGGUGAUCCGGCCGUGCCGCAACUGAUGAGACCCGAACUGGUGCGGCCGGCGGUGGGCACCCGAGCGGAUCCGCAGCAGAUCUGCCUGCCCACACUCGACACGUCGGCGUUUUUACUGGACACUGGCGCGGUUGCGGUCGCAGUACCGAGCAACGACAGCCCGUUCGGCCCGCCGCCGGUUUUUGACUUCGACCCGCUUCUCCCGGUCUUCCCGACCCUCGAGUCGUGGGCCAUGUAGCAGAGAUGUUCUUGAAGGCGUCCGAUAUGAAUCGGACGGUGUUGAUCGGUCGUGCAACGCUUUGGGGUGGAUGUAGUGGAGGCUUUUGUCUUUUCCUCCUUUCUUUUUAACUUUUUUGUAUUUUAUAUUAAUUGUGGUAAGUGUAGUGGUGUUAGUUAUAUUUAUGAGAAUAUAAGUAUAUAAUAUUAUAUA